AGCAUAGAGACUAGGAAAGAACUGGCAACAUUAUUCCUGUCAAAUGAUGGCUGAACAUUAUCACCAACAGUUUAAUGACAGCUGACAUAAAUUUCUUCCCCUGACCUCAAAGGCUCCCAGCAUACUUCUCAAACCAUAUCAAUUGGUUUUCAAGGCUCAUUUGAAUUGCUACCUCCUAUAUGUGGCCUUUCUGAUUCCCACAGUUCUGAGUGCUCUCCUGACCCUGAAAUUACUUUUAGCUGAACCCAGGAUUAAAUUGAUGUGCCAAUCUGUCUCUUCAUGAUACCUAACCAUUUGAAAAUUACAGAGUAAAAGUCAAUCUCCAGAAAAAAUAUAUAAGGGCUUCUCUAGCAGCCAUCAGUACCACAGAAAAGCAGAGUACUGAAGCAAUGAAUAUGCAAAAAGAUGAACAAGAACAAGAGAACAAAAGGAAAGGUUCCUGUGUAUGCUUGGAGUUCAGAAACUCAGGGGAUAAUCCUUAGUUCUUUCUUCUAUGGAACUCUAAUUUCAUUUGUCCCAAAUGGCUAUUUAGCUGGAAUACUUGGAGCACGGAAGUCAUUGGCAAUUGGAUUGUUAAUGACCUCCCUUCUGACCAUCUUAAUACCAUUUGCUGCAGCUCAGGGAGUGCCUUGCAUCAUCCUGACCCGGGUAACACAUGGCAUCUUUCAGGGAUUUGCAAUUUCAUCUUUACCUUGUUUUUGGAGGAAAUGGGCUCCCCCCCUGGAACGUAACCUGCUCUGUGGAAUUUCUACCUGUGGUGCACUGCUUGGAAACUUCACUAUAUUUAUUGCGAGUGGAUUCAUCUCUCAUUCUCUAGGCUGGCCAUAUAUCUUUUAUAUAUUUGGAGCCAUUGGCUUGGCAUUUUGUGCUUUGUCAUUUGUACUGAUUUAUGAUGAUCCCAUGACUCACCCAUAUAUAAGUAAAAGUGAAAAAGAAUACAUUAUUUCUUCAUUGCCCAUAGAGGUCAGGCCCCCUGGUUGGUCUUUACCUAUCAAGGCUAUGGCUGGCUCCUUACCACUUUGGGCCAUUAUGAUUAUUGAAUUUUGUUAUUUUUGGAUAUUUGCCAGCAUGACAGUAUCAUUUCCGACCCUUAUAAACACUAUGUUUUAUUUUGACACCAGAAAUAAUGGUUUACUGAGUUCACUGCCUUCCAUUGUGUCACUCAUUACUAUUAUUAUAGGAAGUCAACUUGCAGAUUUCCUCUUGUCCAGGAAGAUCCUCAGUCCAGUGAUGGUUCGGAAAUUCUUCAUUGUCCUGGGAAUGCUACCAGGGGCAGCAUUAUUCAUUGCAAUACCAUAUGUCAGCAAGUACAUAGCUAUUGUCAUUCUGAUUCUUUCUUUGGUAAUGAACAACCUGUAUGCCACAGUACCAACAGUUAAUAUCCUAGACAUUGCUCCCAGAUAUAAUAGUUUUCUCUGUGGAGUAGCAAAUGCAUUUGCAACACUAUCUCAAAUCAUAAUUACAACUGUUUUUGGAUUUCUCAUUGGUCAGGAUCCACUAAAUGGAUGGAAGACUAUCUUCUUUCUAUCAGCUGCCAUUAUGCUAAUAGGGAUGAUCAUUUUUCUAAUGUUUGGCCGUGCAGAAAUCCAGGACUGGGCUAAAGAGAGAACUGACAGAACAACCCGCUUCUAAGGUUCUGGAAGUUUGAACUGAAAUUCAAUCCUAGUAAA